AUGGCAGAUCAAGAAUCAGAUAAGAACAUCGAGAUUUGGAAGAUCAAAAAGCUAAUCAAGGGACUUGAAACCGCAAGAGGCAACGGAACGAGUAUGAUCUCUCUCAUAAUGCCUCCGCGAGAUCAAGUAGCUCGUGUCACCAAGAUGCUUGCCGACGAAUACGGAACCGCUUCAAACAUCAAGAGUCGAGUAAACCGCCAAUCUGUACUAUCCGCCAUUACUUCAGCUCAGCAAAGGUUGAAGCUUUACAACAGAGUCCCUCCCAACGGCCUUGUCCUGUACACAGGCACCAUUGUUACAGACGAUGGUAAAGAGAAGAAAGUGACGAUUGAUUUCGAGCCUUUCAAACCCAUUAACGCUUCUCUGUACUUGUGUGACAACAAAUUCCACACCGAGCCUUUAAACGAGCUUCUUGAGUCUGAUGAUAAGUUUGGUUUCAUUGUCAUGGAUGGGAAUGGGACUCUGUUUGGCACUUUGAGUGGGAACACAAGAGAGGUGCUUCACAAGUUCACUGUGGAUCUUCCUAAGAAGCACGGAAGAGGAGGACAAUCUGCGCUUCGUUUCGCUCGUCUUAGGAUGGAGAAGAGGCAUAACUAUGUGAGGAAGACGGCAGAGCUUUCCACUCAGUUUUACAUCAAUCCAGCUACGAGCCAGCCUAAUGUCUCUGGUUUGAUUCUUGCUGGCUCUGCUGAUUUCAAGACCGAGCUAAGCCAGUCUGAGCUGUUUGACCCUCGGCUUCAAGCUAAGAUUUUGAAUGUGGUUGAUGUGUCUUACGGAGGAGAGAACGGUUUCAACCAAGCCAUUGAGCUCUCUGCUGAGAUCUUAUCUAAUGUGAAGUUUAUUCAGGAGAAGAAACUGAUUGGGAAGUAUUUUGAGGAGAUUAGUCAGGACACAGGGAAGUAUGUUUUUGGUGUUGAUGAUACUUUGAAGGCUCUUGAGAUGGGUGCUGUUGAGACUCUUAUAGUGUGGGAGAAUUUGGAUAUCAAUAGGUAUGAGUUGAAGAACAACGCUACAGGGGAGAUAGUGAUUAAGCAUUUGGGGAAAGAUCAGGAGAAUGAUCAAGGGAAUUUCCAUGAUGGAGAGACCAAUGCGGAGUUGGAAGUUGUGGAGAAGAUGCCUCUGCUUGAAUGGUUUGCUAAUGAGUAUAAACGUUUUGGUUGUACGCUUGAGUUUGUGACUAACAAGUCACAAGAAGGGUCACAGUUUUGCAGAGGCUUUGGUGGGAUUGGUGGGUUGUUGAGGUACCAGCUUGAUAUGAGGACUUUUGAUGAGUUAUCGGAUGGUGAAGUUUAUGGAGAUUCAGAUUAA